UAUACUUGAACCCCCUCAUGUCUCUGGACCGUAAGCACUCGAAUGGUCCUUUUUGUGCACAGUUAUACGUUGCUGGUCGCUUGCAUAAAAGAGUAGCCCACUGACUAUCGGUACUCGUCAAUCGCUCCCCCGCAACGGCCGUAUCUCUGCUACCCUAACCCCCAACAUGGAUUACUUCAACAGCAUAAGCAUUCAGGGCCAGACUUCUCCUGAGGCUAAGUCCAAUAUGUCCAAUCUCUCUCCUCCUACUGGUGCAGCAGCACGUCCUUCUGCAUCUCCACCGUCCGUUUCUACAUCUAGCACCAAUGCGACUUCGAAUUCAUCCUCGCCAGCGUCCGCUCCACGAAUCAGACGAAGGAAUCGCAUGAUCACGAGUUGUUUAGAAUGCCGUCGACGCAAGUUAAAAUGCAACAAGUCGCAUCCGUGCACGAAUUGCGUUAAGUUUAAUCGUGACUGUGUGUUCUUGGCUCCUGCAUUGGACCAAGCCAGUCAGUUGAAGCUCACCGAGAUCAAAGAGAAAGUUGGAUCUUUGGAGCGACUUCUGGAGCGAGACGUUGCAAAGAGCGCUGGUAUUACUUCGACAACGUCUCCUGGUCAGGAGAGAGCAUUACCAGACGACGCGGAAGAUGAUCUACCAGCCAAUGAGGACGAGAAGGACCUGGAGCCCACUCCGUUGGCGGUCGUUGACGCUGCCUAUGAAGUGGAUGGCGAGGAUGAUGACCUUCUCGAUUUGGGAAUCCAAUUGGGGAAGAUGAGAAUUACAGAGCGAAUUGGUGGCUUCUUCAGACCAAAGAUAUCCCAGGAGUUGGAAUUCACUAUGCACGAUACCUAUAUGACGGGUGACAGAGACAAAGAUAAUGCGCAAAUGCUCUCACCUCCUCACGUCUCUGAACCGUUACCUCCUGCUUCCGAGUGGCUCAAAGCCGGACCUGAAUACAUGAUGCCGUCCACUAGCUUCUUCUUCGGAGGCACUUCCUCUCAAGCAACUUCUCUCAUCGACUUUCUCCCUUCGCAGCUCGCUGCAGACAGGCUUAUCAAACAAUAUUUUACAUGCGUUCAUCCUAUUUGUCAGGUGGUACAUCGACCUACUUUCGAGAAAGAAUAUGAUGUGUUUUGGGACGAGGUUUCUUUGGGUAUUGAACCUCCGAAUACUGUGCAGACUAUCGUGUUUGCUGCAUUGUUCGCUGGCGUUGUCAGUAUGGAUGAAUCUGCUGUGAUUCGUGAGUUUGGAGUUGCCAAAGCAAGUCUUGUAGACAACUUCAAGCUUGGCACGGAGACAGCUCUAUCGAGAGCCAAUUUCUUGAGGACAACGAAAAUUGAGAUAUUACAGGCGUUUGUGAUGUAUCUGAUCCCAUUAUGCAGGUCAGAGAUGUCUCGAGCACAUUCGGUCCUUCUAGGCGCGGCCAUUAGAAUGGCUGAAUGCAUGGGUCUUCACCGGGAUGGACAGACCUAUGGCAUGAAUCCGCUUGAGACCCAUGUACGGCGUCUUGUUUGGCAUCAACUGUGCUUCCUGGAUAUACGAACUUGUGAAGCACAAGGACCACGACCGACAAUUAGGCGUGAUGAAUUCGACACGAAAUUACCACUCAAUGUCAACGACAUUGACCUUCAUGCCACAGGGAAAGCACCAGUGGGUGCCGAUCGCUGGACAGACUCUACCUUCUGUUUGAUUCGCUUUGAGGUCAACGAGAUGAUGAGAACCAUUUGGGUAGAUAGGCCUAGGAUUGAACGACGCAAGAUAAGCUUGACAGCUGUGUUAAGCAAGAUUGAGACGUUCCGUGCCAAUAUGGCCGCGAAGUACGACCAUCUCAUAGACGACAGGAUCCCGUUGCAAAAGUGCGCAAAAAUCGUAAAGGCACUCUUAUUAUCUCGACUCCACAUUAUGGUCCUGCAUCGGUAUCACAAUUCCGUUGUAGCUCCAAUGCCAGAUAGGCUUCGGAACAUUAUGUUAGCUUCAGGCACGACGACGGUCGAAACUGCCGUCGCUCUCGAAACAUUGCCAGAGGUCAAGCCAUGGGUGUGGUACGUCGGAGCCUAUCAACAGUACCACACGGCUUUCUUACUGCUUAUGGAAGUUUACGUCUAUCCUCAACGUAAAGAGGCAGACCGAAUCUGGGCUUGUCUGGACUAUAUCUUCGAGACUAAUCCCGCCGAGCCUCGGAGACUUAAGGGCAAGAAGAUCCUCUCUGAACUUCAGCAGAAGACUGCAGUAUAUCAGAGUAUGAGAGGUAUGAGAGCGCCGACCGUCAUGGAGAAGCAUGUUGGGCAGAGAGAGCCGCGAGUCUCCGACAGCAACAUGAAUGUGCUCAGCAACUCGUCCGUGAAAGGCCUACAUUACCUUAGUUCGCCGCGCGAACCCGACGUUCCUGCACCGAACUCGCCUAUAAUAUAUGGUCCUGGUAGUCUGCAAGGAGUUCCGGGGAGCUCCAUAGGUCGAGUGGAUCUGAUUCCCCAGGUUCAAUUUGCAGGUGUAUCGAAUGGAGAGAGUCUCUGGGCACUUCCGAGUUCGCAGAGCCCCGAAGCAAGUAGUGAUACCAUGAGUCUUUCCGGUGGACAGCCUGUUCCCGCGGUUCCCAAUGCUAAUGCUGGAGCUGGUAAUGGAAUGGAUGAUCCUAUGGCGGAUAUAGACUGGGACGCUUUCGAUGCAUUGUUUCCCCCGGAGCACCAAGCUGCUCUAGAGGUCCCAGCGUAUCAGUUUCCAGCCUUUAAUCCUUACUGAAGCCUUCUCUUGUCCUUGUCCCGAAGGACUAUCAAACUGAAGAGAGUGGUUUCGCCGAGACGUCAAGCUACGAGAAGAAACCGCGCGUACACUGCUUGCCGAGUCGAAUUAGAUGAGAGUCCAGACGAAUCCUGCCAAGCCUGUGUCCGCUUGAAGAUCGAGUCUCGUAUGAAGAUUUUGAUGGUUGGGGAGCGAUGAAAUUAUUACACAUUUGUUGUGUUUAAGCCGUUUUAUGAUCUAUGUGUUAAUGAAAUAUAAUGAAUAACUCUUACACUUUGCAC